AUGGCAGCCUGCUUGGUGCGACGCUGCUGCUGGCGGCACUUCGCUGCCUUCAUCUCUACUCCCUCGGCAGUCCCGGCUUCUCUGCUGGGGCCAGCUGGGAAGGUGGCGAUGGCAAGAGCUCUGCCUCAGACACCCUUGGCUUCGUUUCAUAGUUCAAGCCCUUCCAGUUGGGCAGAUGGAUUCUCAGUCAUAGAGCAGGUGGAGGACAGCAGAAACCCAGAGCACAAAGUGAUCAGGGAACUGACUGAAACGGCCACAAGUCCUCAGGAGCUCCUCCAGUUGAGCGAAGACCAUGCUCUUAACAGCAACCAAGCCUCACUAAUAAUUACUCAACUUUCCUGGCUCGCAGCGGAAAAAAAGCUGGAAACAGAGAGUAUUCUGCAAGAUGAACGUUUUGAACAGCUCAUCAGCAUCACAGAUUCCCAGAUUUCUCAGGUGUGGAAUAACACCUUGGUGAACCUCCUGAAGAGCCUCUACGCCCUGGGGAUGGACAGCAACAGGAGAGAGAUGCGGUCGGUGGAGCAGGAGGUGCUGUGGCGGCUGCGGCGCCUCACUUUCAGGCAGCUCGCCUCCCUGGCAGAGUUCUUGGCAAUGAAGCAGGGGAAGGAGAGCCAGCUGCUGAACGAAGUCAUCAAGAAACUGGAGCUGCGUUGGACGGAGCUUGAGGGCACCCGAACCGUGGUGAUGCUGAUGGGCAAGGUCGGGCACGUCUCCCCGGCUCUGAUGGACCGGCUGGAGGACAAGGCUCUGGAACUUGCUGAACAGUUCAACCCCGAUGACAUCCGGAAAAUAAUGCUGGCUCUGGCUUACCAGAACCGGCGCUGCGUGCCUCUGCUCCGAGCCUUGUCCUACCACCUGGUUCAGAAGCACGCUGACCUCAGCCUCAACGUCCUGACAGACCUGAUUUUCGCCUAUGGAAAACUGAAUUUCCACCAGCCCCAGGUCUUCCAGAAGAUAGCCACUGACCUGCACCCCCACCUUUCCACGAUGACGCCCGUCGAGGUGACGCGCUGCAUCAGAUCCUUCGCCCUCGUCAAGUGGCUCAGCCUGCCGCUGUUUGAGGCCAUUGCACAGUACGCCCUGGACAACACCAAGCAGCUGUCGGUCACCCAUCUGUGCAGCAUCAUCUUGUCUUUUGCUCGCCUGAACUUCCAGCCCAGCAGAAGUGAGGACUUCUUCAACAUGGUCCAUGAGGAGCUCCAGGGCCAGCUGGACAGCCUGGAGCCUCACCUGCUGACCAACCUGGUGUGGUCGCUCUGUGUGCUGCAGCAGGCCAAGGCUCCCUACCUGCAGCGAGUGCUGACGCCCGACUUCUAUGCUCGGAUCCGAGGCGACCAGUCCUUCAAGACCCAGAACUUACGGCUGAAGCUCAUCCACAUCAACGCUGCUGCCAAGCUGGAAAACCCCAGCUACCGGGGGCCGUUCCUGCCGGCAGAGAUGCUGAGCCCAGUGGAGCCG